AUGAGCCUAUGGACAAUCUGGAUUGAUACGAACAACCUGGUUUUUGGUAAUAAGAGGCUAUCGCUGGAGUUCCUAUUUCAACAAGUCACCUCUGAUCUGAGCCACAAAUCUUCAUUGGAUAGGAUAUCCAAAGUGCUAUCUCCAGCUGAAGCUUUGAGUUGGAUACCCCCGACUGGUAUGAUGAUAAAAGUUAAUACAGACGCUGCGGUAUCUGUUAGGAAUAACAGUUCGGUGGUUAGUGCUGUUUGUAGGAACGCCCAAGGAGCUGUCAUCAGAUGGGGAGUUUCUGCCGUUCAUGGAAUCACAGACGCGGAAGCAGCCGAAGCUAGGGCGGUACAGCUAGGUUUGCAAAUUUCAGCUCAGUUCCAGGAAGAAGAAAUUAUAUUAGAAUCUGACUCGUCCAACGUUAUCAGCAGGCUGAACAAUUCGAAGAACGCCAUUGAUCUGGUCCAUAUCAUUAUCGAUGAUUGUUUAAUGGAAACGGUUUCGCGCAGGGUUCAUUUUCGACAUAUUCAAAGACAAUGUAACCAAGUAGCCCAUGCUCUUGCUAAAUGGGGUGUUUUUAUUGGAAAAAACAUAAUUGUUGACGGAAACGUUCCUUUUCCGGUCAAUGAACUUGUUAAUUCAGAAAUCAGUUACUCCAGCUCUUUCCAGGUCAGCAAUCCACUUGAAGAGAAUCCAAUGAUCAGCUGCAGCAAUAGAGAAAUGAACCACAGGCAAUGA